GUGAGGGGGUCCGUGUCACAGACGCUCGGCGCAGUUCAUUUCUCGCGCUCGAGCCGAUGCGCGCAGCUUCUGCUCUCCCGCUUCUUCUUCUUCCAUCGGACGGUCAGAUCUCCUGAUGAUGUUUACUGCACGUGUGACCACAUCCAUCUCUGUUGUGCUUCCUUAAGUAUGACAUCAGUGCCGAACGCGUGCCAUUUGUUUUUCUUCCUCGCGCGUCCAAGACGGAAUGGCGGGAUGAGCGUGCGCGGGGUGCUCAUUUUACCUUCUCGCUGGCGUUCAUGAACAUCCACCUUCUGGCGGUGUCCUCAUCUGAAGCCCCGGAAUGAGCUCCGGAGCAACAAGCGACCGUGGCUGCGUGCGGCAGCAACUCUGCGCACACUUAGCGGAUUACGCAUCGGGGAGCGAGGCGCAGAGGUUGGAUUGUAUGUGUGUGUGUGGGUAUAAAAGGCUGCACCUGCGGGAUUAAUCUACCUCCCUCCCCCAGAUUCCCCACACCCCCCAUCGGCUUUCAUUCUCUGCUGGGAAAAUCACAGCAAUGUUCUCGCUUGUGAAUGAAUUCGUAAAAGUGUCCUAGAAAAGUGUCUGUGCACCUCGCGGUGGUUCUACUUGUUUUCUGUCUGUUAACGGAGUUGCUUCGUUCUCGGGGAGGGACACGGAUCCAAUAAUGGCCAGACACUCGGCCCCCCAUCUACCACCGGGUUUUACGUUCCGGGUGUUGUGGAUGAUUCACGCUUUCCUGGACCUGGCCGGUUCCCAGGAGAUUUACGCGCCGCACUCGAUCCGGGUGGAGGGCGACGUGACGCUGGGGGGGCUCUUCCCCGUCCACGCCAGGGGGGUCCCCGGAAUUCCUGGCGGGGACAUCAAAAGAGAAACGGCAUCCACCCGGCUGGAGGCGAUGAUGUACGCACUGGACCAGAUCAACGGCGACGAGGAUCUGCUGCCCAACGUCACCCUGGGCGCCCGGAUCCUGGACACCUGUUCCCGGGACACGUACGCGCUGGAGCAGUCGCUGACUUUCGUGCAGGCGCUCAUCCAGAAGGACACGUCGGACGUGAGGUGCACCAACGGGGAGCCGCCGAUGUUCGUCAAGCCCGAGAAAGUUGUCGGGGUCGUGGGCGCGUCCGCCAGCUCGGUGUCCAUCAUGGUGGCCAACAUACUGCGCCUCUUCCAGAUCCCUCAGAUCAGCUACGCCUCCACGGCCCCGGAGCUCAGCGACGACCGGCGGUACGACUUCUUCUCCCGCGUGGUCCCGCCGGACAGCUUCCAGGCCCAGGCCAUGGUGGACAUCGUGAAGGCCAUGGGCUGGAACUACGUCUCCACCGUGGCCUCGGAGGGCAGCUACGGAGAGAAGGGGGUGGACGCCUUCAUGCAGCUCUCCAGGGAAGCAGGUGGAAUCUGCAUCGCUCAGUCGCUGAAGAUCCCCCACGACCACAAAGCCUCCAACUUCGACAAAAUCAUCCGUCUGCUGCUGGACACUCGGUACGCCAGGGCGGUGAUCCUGUUCGCCUCCGACGAGGACAUCCGGGGGAUCCUGAACGCCAGUAAGCGGGCCGACCAGAUCGGUCACUUCCUGUGGAUCGGCUCCGACAGCUGGGGGGCCAAGAACAGCCCCAUCCACCAGCUGGAGGACGCCGCCGUGGGAGCCGUCACCAUCCUGCCCAAGAGAGCCACCAUCAGCGGGUUCGACGCGUACUUCACGUCGCGCACGCUGGAGAACAACCGGAGGAACGUGUGGUUCGCCGAGUACUGGGAGGAGAACUUCAACUGCAAGCUGAUGAGCUCCUCCAAGAAGGACGAGAGCAGCAGGAAGUGCACCGGUCAGGAGCGCAUCAGCAUCGACUCCAAGUACGAGCAGGAGGGCAAGGUCCAGUUCGUGAUCGACGCCGUGUACGCCAUGGCCCACGCCCUCCACAACAUGCAGCGGGACCUGUGUCCGGAGAGCGCCGGCAUCUGCCCCGACAUGGACCUGGCCGGGGGGAAGAAGCUCCUCAAGUACAUCCGCAGCGUCAGCUUCAACGGAAGUGCCGGUACCUCAGUGACCUUCAACCGCAACGGCGACGCCCCCGGACGCUACGACCUGUUCCAGUACCAGUGGAACAACUUGACCGGGCCGGGCUACCGCGUCAUCGGACAGUGGACCGAGACGCUGCUGCUCAACAUGGAGGACAUGCAGUGGCCUCGAGGGGAGCAGGACAUUCCCAGCUCAGUGUGCAGCCUUCCCUGUAGGACCGGCGAGAGGAAGAAGGUGGUGAAAGGCAUGCCGUGCUGCUGGCACUGCGAGCCCUGCGACGGCUACCAGUACCAGUACGACGAGUUCACCUGCAAGCUGUGCUCCUACAACAGGAGGCCCAACGCCAACCGCACGGCGUGCCAGCCCAUCCCCAUCAUUAAGCUGGAGUGGCACUCGGCCUGGGCAGUGAUUCCGGUCUUCCUGGCAAUGCUCGGCAUCAUCGCCACCAUCUUUGUCAUGGCGACGUUCAUUCGGCACAACGACACGCCGAUCGUCCGAGCGUCCGGCCGCGAGCUGAGCUACGUCCUCCUGACCGGCAUCUUUCUGUGCUACAUCAUCACGUUCCUCAUGAUCGCCAAGCCGGACGUCGGCGUGUGCUCGUUCAGGAGGAUUUUCCUGGGUCUGGGUAUGUGCAUCAGCUACGCCGCCCUCCUCACCAAAACCAACCGCAUCUACCGAAUCUUCGAGCAGGGCAAGAAGUCGGUGACGGCGCCCCGGCUGAUCAGCCCCACCUCACAGCUGGCCGUCACCUCCAGCCUCAUCUCGGUCCAGCUGUUGGGGGUCUUCAUCUGGUUCGUGGUGGAUCCGCCCAACACCGUCAUAGACUACGACGAGCAGAAGACCUUCAACCCGUACCUCGCCCGAGGGGUGUUGAAAUGUGACAUCACGGAUCUCCAGAUCAUCUGCUCGUUGGGUUACAGCAUCUUAUUGAUGGUGACGUGUACUGUUUACGCUAUAAAGACCCGCGGGGUGCCGGAGAAUUUUAACGAGGCCAAGCCCAUCGGGUUCACCAUGUACACCACCUGCAUCGUGUGGUUGGCUUUUAUACCCAUCUUCUUUGGCACGGCGCAGUCUGCAGAAAAGCUGUACAUCCAGACGACCACGCUCACCAUCUCCAUGAACCUGAGUGCGUCCGUGGCCCUCGGGAUGCUCUACAUGCCCAAAGUCUACGUCAUCCUCUUCCACCCGGAGCUCAACGUGCAGAAGAGGAAACGCUCCUUCAAGGCCGUCGCCACGGCCGCCACCAUGUCGUCCCGCCUCUCCCACAAGGCCAGCGACCGGCCCAACGGCGAGGCCAAGACGGAGCUGUGCGAGAGCGUCGACCCCAACAGUCCGGCAGCAAAGAAGAAGUUUGUGAGCUACAACGACCUGGUGAUCUAACGGCGUCCGAGCGCCGGCCUGAAACGCGAGCGACGUCGGAGGCGCCUGGUUCUCCGGCCCUGCUGAGCGAGGAACCGGAGAGCCGGAAAAGAAGAAGAAGAAGCGGCAGAGAAGAGGGUUUUUUCUCCUUGUUGUUGUUUAGUUCUAUGGUCUCAUGUGCUCCAUCGCCCACCAGCAGACUUACGGACGCUGAAGAAAAGCCUCGCGGGACUUUUUCCUCUGGACCUUCACUCGCUCAGAGAGACGCGAGGGAGCUCGGAGGGCGAAGACGCCCCCGGAAAAAAAGACACCGCGUCGACUCUCUCUCUCUGCCCUUGAUGUCAAACGGCGGCGGUCAGACCGCUUUUUACGAAGCCCCGCCUCCUCUCGUCCUUCAAUGUACUUCCCACCUGCAAGUUUUCGGGACCUUCCCCGUCCUCCGUGUGUGUGUGUGUGGUUCUUCAGCGCUUAAGUGUCCCUCUGGUUGUCCCUUUUGUUGAUUUCCUUCUCCUUCCCGAGGCGGCGGCGGCCGCGGCGUUGCGCAGUGUGUUUUUUGUUGAAGCCGCCUCCUUCGCUUUGACGCCGGCGUCACGCUGACGCCACAAAGACUGACGUCGACCUGCAGGCCGGCUGUGCUCUUUUGACUCCGUGAUUGGUGGACGGGUCGCGUUCGGGUCGGAAGGGGGUCACGCCGUUCGCGCCGCGAGUCGCGGGGAUCCGGCGUCGAGCAGUCCUGAAGGGUUGGAAAGUCGGGGCGGCUCGCGUCUGUCGCCCUCCGUCCGUUCGGCUGAAUUGUUUUCCGUGUCCUCCAUGAUUUGUGUCUCUCUCUGCAGACUGACGUGGACCCGGCGGCGCCCAGACGCUGGGACGCCUGCAUGCGCGGCUCCCGUUCAGCUCGCACAUCUUUACCUCGCCCCACGGCCGCCUGCCUGAAAAGACCCGCUCGGGCCCGACUUCAGGGGUCCGGGCGAGCAAUGUGGACAUAAGACACAGAACCUGUGCCGUCCCCCUUAGACCCGCGCCGGGGGGGCCGACAGCUACUCGCCUCGUUUCAGGCGACGAGCUCGAGGUCGUAUCUGAGUUUUCUGACGUGGUGGAGAAAAAAAAAAGAAAAAAAUCCUCAGUGGACACGAAGCCGCGAAAAAAUAAACGGUGGUGAUUUAAAGGCGUUUUUUUGUUUGAGCGGUUUGACUUGUUUGUGUGAUGAACGCGUUCCCACCACAACACGCGUGUUCCUCCUCCACCGGCACACACGCUUCCUCUGCUCUGUAGGUGUGUGAUGAUGCUCAUGAUGAUGACGACGACCCUUGGCGGUGUUGUAGUCGACUUUAAGAAGAAGCCGCUGAUACGACUAAAGGGUGUUGAUGUGGAGGUUGUCAAUGCAUGCCCGAUGUGUUCGAUGUUGAAUCCAAAAAAAUGAGAAAAAAAGUUACGAAAAUAACGAAAUCCUCUGAAGAGUCGAUUCCGCCCGUCUGCUCUGAAUUGUACCGUUUCUUUAUUUUCUGUUAGUUUUAUUUCUUUCUCUCUUUACGUUCCUGGAAGCCAUGGAAACAAGAUGAUUAUAUAUUUAAAAGAGAGAAAAUCCACAAAGAGGAAGCAUGUAUGUUUUCUACUGUUUGUACCUGUUAUAUUAAUGUCGCCCUCGCUGCUUAUGUGCCGAUGUCGUGGAAGAGGUUUUACAUUCGGCCGCUCAUGCAACUCUCUGUGUUGUUGUCCGAGACAUGAAAUAAAAAGAAACAUUUGCUAAUUUUUUUA